GAACCCAGCGCCCCCCCCCCCCUCUCUCUCUCCUCUCUCUAUCCCCCUCCCUCUCGCUUCCCCUACCCCCAUUCUGCCAUUCCACAGCCGAAACCCACCGUCUCGCGGUGGGGAGGAGGAAGAAGGGGGUAGCACCGUCGGCUGCCGCUCUCCUCAGGUGCUGAUGCAAGGCUUUCAAAACCUCAACAAUCUCACUUAACGCAACACAAUCACACUGAAGGUUUAGUUGGAUUGGCCAUUUCAGAACAUGGGUUCGCGAUUUCCAUCCCACCAGCUAAGCAAUGGCCUGUAUGUCUCGGGCCGACCUGAGCAACCUAAGGAGAAGGCCCCAGUCAUUUGCUCCUCAGCUAUGCCAUACACUGGCGGGGAUAUAAAGAAAUCUGGAGAGCUUGGGAAGAUGUUUGAUCUCCAUAGAAAAUCUGGUCCUUUGGGUAACCAGCCUUCAAGGAAUACUUCGUUCGGUGGUGCUGCCUCCAACUCUGGACCAGUUUCUAAUGCUGUUGGUCGCUCCAACUACUCUGGUUCUAUUUCAUCUGCAGUUCCUGGCACUGGAGGAUCUUCAAGGACAAAAUCUAAUUCUGGACCUCUCAAUAAGCAUGGAGAACCGACAAAGAGGUCGUCUGGCCCCCAAUCAGGUGGAGUAACCCCCAUGGCCCGCCAGAACUCUGGCCCUCUGCCUCCUGUUCUUCCUACAACUGGGCUAAUUACAUCAGGUCCAAUCACCUCGGGUCAGAUGAAUUCAUCUGGUGCUCAAAGGAAAGUAUCAGGCCCUCUUGAUUCCAGUGUAUCAAUGAAGAUGCGUACUGCCUCUUUUGCACACAACCCAGCUGUCACAAAUCUCAAUGCAGAAGAUGGUUACUCGAUUAAGGGCAGCAUUCCAGCAGCAAUAAUGUGGUUGGUUGCAUUGCUUUUUGUGGUUGGAUUCGUGGCAGGAGGCUUCAUUCUUGCUGCUAUUCAUAAUCCGAUCUUGCUCAUAGUUGUUGUGGUGAUAUUUGGUUUUGUCGCUGCACUUGUCACCUGGAACAUCUGCUGGGGAACGAAAGGUGUGACUGGGUUUGUCAGUCGCUAUCCUGAUGCAGAUCUUAGAACUGCAAAAGACGGAGAGUAUGUGAAGGUUACUGGGGUUGUUACUUGUGGAAAUUUGCCCCUCGAGUCUUCAUUCCAACGGGUUCCGAGAUGUGUUUACACUUCCACUUGCUUGUAUGAGUAUAGGGGUUGGGAUUCAAAAGCUGCUAACACUACACAUCGCCGAUUCACUUGGGGACUCAGGUCAAUGGAGCGACAUGCAGUGGAUUUCUACAUCUCUGAUUUCCAAUCAGGAUUGCGUGCACUGGUGAAAACAGGAUUUGGUGCACGUGUAACCCCAUAUGUUGAUGAAUCUGUUGUUAUUGACAUAAACCCAGACAACAAGGACAUGUCGCCUGAAUUCCUAAGGUGGCUGCGGGGAAGGAACCUCUCGAGCGAUGAUCGGAUUAUGCGCCUGAAAGAAGGGUACAUCAAGGAGGGCAGCACCGUUAGCGUGAUGGGUGUUGUUCAAAGGAACGAGAACGUGCUGAUGAUCGUUCCUCCUGCUGAACCCAUCUCCACCGGCUGCCAGUGGGCCAAGUGCAUGCUCCCAACCAGCCUCGAUGGCCUGGUCCUGAGGUGUGAAGAUACAUCCGACAUGGAUGUGAUACCGGUCUAGGUAGGGAGCUUGGCUCUGGCGAUUCUCUGGUCCGGAGAAAGAGAGAAAAAAGAUGCCUUGACUUUUGAUUUGGUUUUCAGUGGGAUGUUAGGAUUGAAAGAAUGUGCAAAUGCAGGGUGUGAUUAUAUGGGCUAAGUAAGUACAACAAUAUCAGUGGAUGGUCGGUUACCUGGAGCUUGGUUGUAUAGUAUAUUAUAUGUAAUUUUCUCUUCUCUUUUUGGUUGAGCCAUGGAUGAUACCUGUAACAUGGAUGGCUUGAUGUCAGUACUACCUACCUACCAUGGAGCCUGUUUGGAGAUUCAGUGGUUUCCAGUUUAUAUUAUGUUUUCUUUUUUGUUGUAGGGUUCCAGCAAUACCAUGAAGCCUGCAAUUUCCUUUUUGUACCUAUGAUCUCCAUAAAAACAAAGUUCUCUUCA